AUGGAUCUUUUAUCCAAACCCGAAGUCAGUGCCGUCGUCGAGUUCGACUACACGGCCAAGGAACCGGACGAGCUGACGCUGAAAAAAGGUGCCAUCAUUACGAACAUCAAGGUGCAGGAUGGUGGGUGGUGGGAGGGCACCCUUGUCGCCACCGGACGGACCGGCGUUUUUCCGGACAACUUCGUGCGUGUGCUGGAAUCGCAGGACAACAAAAACCAGGUCGUUCUCAGAGACAAAAGUGCAACCCUAAACCGACGGUGCAAAGUCAUUUACAGCUACCAGGAGAACAAAGCCGACGAGCUGACGCUAGCGGUCGGGGAUGUAAUAGAAUUUUUCGAAGAGGUCGAGGAAGGCUGGUGGCGAGGAAAACUGAACGGACGGGUCGGUGUGUUUCCGUCCAACUUUGUCGAAAUGAUCGAAUCCGUGUCGCCCAAAUCGUCCAGCCGGAAAAGCGGCAAUGUCGGUGGGCUAGGCGUCACUGCGAUCGAUAGUGGUUCGGUUGGUUCGCUGGGAACGGCAAGUUUAAGCAAGACGAACAGCCUCAACAAGAGCCGCACGAGUUUGAACAGUUCACGGGAGGACCUAGACCGGCAUGAUGCACCUUCGCUACCCCCGAAACCGGUACGGGAGCUUUGUAAGGUGCUGUUCGCUUAUCAACCCGCCAACGAUGACGAGCUGAAGCUGGUUGAGGGUGACAUCAUAACGAUCCUUUCGCGAGACCUCCCGGAUAAGGGUUGGUGGAAGGGUGAACUGCGCGGACGGGUUGGAGUUUUUCCCGACAACUUUGUCUCGCUGCUUCCGCCGGAAGGUGGCAAAUCGACGACGACCAUAUCGGCCUCGGCUCGCUCUGUGGCCAGCAGCGGUGGAGGAGGUGGUGUUGUCGGGACGGGAAUGCACCAUCCCGUGGCCAUGUCACCGGUAAAAGAUCCUUUGCACGCGCCCAAACCGGAACGUCCACCGUCCGCUAGCAAAAUGCAGAUGUUUGGCAAACAAUCGUCCAACUCCACCACCGGGGUGUCGUAUCGGAAGGAAAGCUUCGGAUCGAAGGACUCGUUGAACGAAUCCACCGGCAGCAUGGGCAGUGUCGGGGGUGGUGUGGCCUCGGUGACGGGCUCACCGACGUACAACAGUGUGGCGGCACACCGGAAAUCACUGGAGAAUAAAACCGCCGAAAGUAGUGGCGGCGGUUCGCCGGCAUCGACGGGUGGUGGCGGAGUGGUCACGGAGAAACCACCCCGCAAGAGCCUUGAGAACAAAACGUCCGACAUACGCAAGAGCCUGGAGAACCUGGACGACAAAAAGUCGACGCCACCACCCGUGCUGGGCAAAAAGCCGCAAGUUCCGAUCAAGAAGUCUGCCUCCAUCACGAGCGUCACCGGGAACUUGUUCUCGGGGUUGAAGCAAAAGGUGAAGGGCGGUGGAUCGGUCGACAAGGACAAGACGGCGGACGAAAGAGAUGGUAUCGGUGGCAGCAAGGUACGGUCGGAGAUCGUUGACAACGGCGAGAAGACGAUCGUCGGCGAGAAGAUCGACCUAGAGUUGGGUCACGUGGAACGAGGCACGUCGGUGUUGAAGGAUAUGCGUGCGAAUCGAGCGAAAGCCCCAAAACGACGACCACCGUCAUCACCGAGCAGCAUCAUUACGACGGAUCCGAACUCCACCGGUAUCGUCACGGCGAACGGUGGUGGUUCCUCGUUGAGCAACGGAAAUGCCGGUCCUUUUAGUCAGCUAUCACUUUCCUCCGAACCAGAGAGUCCCAAACCAGACGCGACGGUACAGCCGUCAGCAAACUCGUCCUUCGGCACCGAAGAGGACACGGUAGCGAAGGUACCGAAACCCCGCGAAUGGGAGAAAAACAAAGUGCCCUGGAUGGACGAGCUAAAAGCGAGCCAAGCGAAGAAAACAACCGCAGCCGAAAGCAAAUCACCCGAGCACCACACGACGAACAGCGGCAGUGGUCACUUCCAGGAUGAGUCCGGCAUUUCGAAAUCGUUCCACGCAAGCACGACAACCACGGGCGGCACGGCCAGCACGACAUCACCCGUGGUGCCCUCGAGCAAUGCCGCCAUCCGUACGCGGCUCAUAGAACGUUCCGCCACGACCACAAGCGUCCCGGCGGAAACCAAUCAUACCGCCGGCACGGGCAACAACAUCAGCAGUUCCUUCGAUUUAAUCGCAUCCUGCAAUCGAAAGGAGACCAUCUCCCCGUCGGUCGCAUCAUCCGCGGAUCCGGCCAGUAGCGUAAACGCGAUGACCAAAUCAAUGUCGGCCCUGUCCACCAGCACCAACGCCAGCACGAAAAUUGCCAUCACCGCAUCAUCCGGUGCGGCCUCGGUGACGGAAAACAAUGGCACACACGAACCACCGGCCACUCCAUCACCAAACAGUCGACCACUUAGCGUAAACCUGCGUACCACCGGCCUAUCUCCGACGCCCCAGAACCGUAAUGCCAAAACAAUCCACAUCGUCGGAGGCAGCAGCAACAAACCGUCGUCAACGAGCGGUGGGACCGGAGUCGCUACAGCAGGACCAGAUUCCCCGGGCACGACGAUGGAGAACGUAUGCGGCCGGGUGCAGGAUCUCGAGCAGAAGGUCAACCGCAUGGAGCGCCAGCUGGUGACACAGAACGGGCUUAUCGAGGAGCUGACGCGAAUGUUGCGCACCGAAUCCGAGAAGGUGAAAACGCUCCAGAAAGAGCUGGAAAAGUACGCUCAGUGUGUCACGCAGGUAUGA